CCCGCUACUGAAGUCCGCCGUAGCUGAGUCGCGUGUUGAAAAUGGCUGCAUCCGGGGACCCUGCCUGUGCUGAAAGCUACCGUUCUCCGCUGGCGGCUCGCUACGCCAGCCAUGAAAUGUGCUUCUUGUUCAGCGACAGGUACAAGUUCCAGACGUGGCGGCAGCUGUGGCUGUGGCUGGCGGAGGCCGAACAGACACUGGGUUUGCCUAUCACGGAUGAACAGAUCCAGGAGAUGAGGUCGAACCUGAGCAACAUUGACUUCCAGAUGGCAGCUGAGGAAGAGAAGCGCCUGCGGCACGACGUGAUGGCUCAUGUGCACACGUUUGGCCACUGCUGUCCGAAAGCUGCUGGCAUCAUCCAUCUUGGAGCCACCUCCUGCUAUGUUGGAGACAAUACGGACUUGAUUAUUCUGAGAAAUGCAUUUGACCUGCUUUUACCAAAGCUUGCUAGAGUGAUCUCGAGGCUUGCCGACUUUGCUAAGGAACGUGCUGAUCUGCCCACAUUAGGUUUCACACACUUUCAGCCUGCUCAGCUGACCACGGUUGGGAAACGCUGCUGCCUUUGGAUUCAAGAUCUCUGCAUGGAUCUUCAGAACUUGAAGCGUGUCCGAGAUGAGCUGCGCUUCCGAGGAGUGAAGGGCACCACUGGCACGCAGGCCAGCUUCUUGCAGCUCUUCGAGGGGGAUCACCAGAAGGUGGAGCAGCUGGACAAGAUGGUGACAGAAAAGGCAGGGUUUAAAAGAGCUUACAUCAUCACAGGACAGACCUACACACGGAAAGUGGACAUCGAAGUGCUGUCUGUGCUGGCCAGCCUAGGGGCGUCAGUGCACAAGAUUUGCACUGACAUUCGCCUACUGGCGAACCUGAAGGAGAUGGAGGAACCCUUUGAGAAGCAGCAGAUUGGUUCCAGUGCGAUGCCGUACAAGCGGAACCCCAUGCGCUCCGAACGUUGCUGCAGCUUGGCUCGUCACCUGAUGUCCCUUACCAUGGACCCACUACAGACAGCUUCUGUGCAGUGGUUUGAACGUACCCUGGAUGAUAGUGCCAACCGACGGAUCUGUUUGGCUGAAGCAUUUCUCACUGCAGACACUAUAUUAACUACUCUACAGAACGUCUCUGAAGGAUUGGUGCUGUACCCCAAGGUAAUUGAACGGCGCAUUCGGCAAGAGCUUCCUUUCAUGGCCACAGAGAACAUUAUCAUGGCAAUGGUCAAAGCCGGGGGCAGCCGACAGGACUGUCAUGAGAAAAUUAGAGUGCUUUCCCAGCAGGCAGCUGCUGUGGUUAAGCAGGAAGGGGGUGACAAUGACCUUAUAGAGCGCAUUCGGGCAGAUGCCUACUUCAGCCCCAUUCACUCACAGUUGGAACAAUUGUUGGACCCCUCUUCUUUCACUGGCCGAGCUCCCCAGCAGGUCCACAGAUUCCUAGAAGAGGAGGUGUACCCCCUGCUGAAGCCCUACGGAAGUGUGAUGGCAGUGAAGGCGGAGCUGUGUCUGUAGAGGAGAGAAUUAUGGAAGAAACCUGAUGAGUCUGCUAACUACAGUGUUAAGGAACUAGUGCUGUGUUCUGCAGGGCUCCUUUACCUGGGUGUGGUACAUACUCAGGAGGCAGGGACAAAGGCAGGCAGAUCUCUGAGUUCAAGGCCAGCCUGGUCUACAGAGCAAGUUCCAGGACAGCCAGGGCUACACAGAGAAACCACAUCUCCAAAAAGCAAACAAACAAAAAGAAUGUAUAUUAAGAAUGUAUACAGGACUCACAGCAGACAGCCAUGCAUUCUUGUUUUCUCCAGUCUGUUGUUGCUGAGACAAAAAUCUCACUGUAUAUCACGGACAGACCUGGAACACAGAAAUCUGCCUCAUCUCCCCAAUGGCAGGAUUAAAGGUGUUCCCCACCAUGCCUGGCUGUUUUCUUUUUUUACAGCAACGUAAUCUUAGAGAAUAAUGUAGCUCACACUU